UGUAGCGCGAGAAAAAAUUGUACCAAAAAUUAAAUAAACUAUGAUCUCAUACAUUUAUGAUUAAGUUUCUAUUUAUUUGUUAAUGACCAGUGAUAAUUCGGUGAGGUGAUAAAGACGAAUAAAAUUAGUGUAAACAUGCAACAGUCCCCAUUCGAGAAUAUUUUUAAUAUUAUAGGAGGCAUAACAGAAGGAAACGAAAAACCUAUGAAACAUGGGUUCUACAACGCUUUCGCUCUAUUUAUUUUAGCUGUAUGUUGUGCCGCAGUAUAUGUUUUAUUUCUUAUACUCGAACCGUUUUUCAAACCCUUGUUUUGGGCUCUCCUGGUCGGUUCCAUACUUCACCCUUUCAAGUAUAAAUUAUCACAAAAAUUGAAAGCAUGGUUUGAAGAUCUGGAGAAAUCAAACACCUCUGUGAUAUUUGGUUUGAUGGUGAUUCCUUCAAACAUUGUUAAUUUUGCUUCUGAUACUGUAGGUCGUCAAUUUAUUGGCCAUUAUAAGUCUGUUAUUGGCUUGCUGUCAGCAAUUUUUGUGCUACCAUGGGUAUACAACUCUGUGCCACGAAGCUUCUCCUGUAUAUUUUGGCAACUGAGUAGCUUCAUAAGCUUCUCUACAACCAUGCUCAUCAGUUUAUGCAGCUCCUAUAUUACUUUAACAAUAGUCUUAGGAUACUUUAUAAGUGUGUGGACACUAUGGACACCAGAAAGAGCUGGUCUAUUCAAAACUAGCUCCCAACUACUCUGGCUUGUCAUAACAAGUUUCUUGGCCAGUCUCUGUGGGUCCUUCAAAGUCUACAUGUUUGUGUUGCUACAAAUGUUCUGCGUUAUUGGCUUUUCUCUUGAAGUGUUGGAUAUACAUAGAAGGUUAUUGUUGAAUGAUCCUGAUGCAUCAGUACUGCAGGCUUUACACGCAGUGAUUACAAAUGGUUAUAAUGAAGCUAGUCAAAAGAAAAUAGAGGAAAUACCACAACAAAACCAACCCAGUGUUAGUGACCAAGAAUCUACACCAGAGAAAGAUAGCCCAUCUCCCAUCUCCACAGAUUCAACAGUUAAAAGCGAUAGUUGGACUGGACAUGAAGCAAUACAGAGUUCGCCAAGAUUUGCAAAAAAACUAUACAAAACUCGAACACUCUCCGACUUACCACUUUCAAAUACUAGAAUGAAGGCAUAUGACAACCGUUUUAUUUCAAACUUCAAACAGAGAUCUCUAGACGAAAAUUACAUGAGAAACAAUUUCGAUAAUGAUGAAGAAACUGCUUUGUAUUUCAAGUUGCUUUUCUUUGGUUGUUUCUGUAUGCUAGUGUGGAAACAUAUAUGGUUGCUGCCUGUAAUGUUAUUUUUUAUAGCAAUUUACGUUAUAAAGAGAUCCCUAGAGUAUUUUGGUGUGUGGUUAUUUUUUGAAAACCACUACAAUAAUGUAAUGGGAAAAUUUAUGAACUGGUGGAAUCUCAGAGAAACGGCAUUGGUACCGGCUCAUAUCAGAGGCAUAGGCAAAAUGUUAUCAAUAUGUAAUAACAGUAUGCGGGAGGUGGCAUACAGCUCCGUUGAUACGGUGUCAACAUGCUUCGUUAUUAUCGGUCUUAUUCUGUUCCUCACUGUGGCCAUCAUAUUUAUCUGUAUACAGAUAUAUUCGGAAGCAAUAGUUGUGGUGCAACUAAGCGGCAGUCUCUUAAACAGCACAUUUGUACAAAAUAGUGAACUACAUGCAUAUUUGCCUGAAGGCUGGGAAGAAAAACUGGACUCGCUUAUUGACAAUGCUUACACUUAUGGACGGGAAGGAAUCUCGACAGCUAUACGAAACAUACUUAAGGAAGGGGAACCAGACAAAGUAACUCGAGUUGAACAACAAAUCCUGGAGAUUUGGGAUCGAGUAUAUCAAAGCUGGGUGUCUGGUCACUUUACCUCUCCUAUGGGGCCGCAAGUCGACGGAACAGCAAUUCAGGACUCAUGGGACAACUUUGUGAAUGACAUGUCUAAAACACCCGGUAUUUUCGACUAUACCGGAAUAGUGACAUGGGUGCAAGAGAACUUGGGUACCUUGAGUGCAAUAGCAACAGGAAUCUGGUCACCACUGGCCAGCAACAUGUCGCUUCUGGCAGGGUCAGUUGGGGCCUUCACUUCCCUGCUAUUUUCCGGCGGAGGCGCCAUUAUUAAUAUGUUCAUCAACUUAGUAGUGUUUUUUACAACGCUGUUCUAUCUACUAGCAUCCAGCAACGCACUGUACAAACCUGUGGAAGUGAUCACCCAGGUACAGCCCAAUUUUGGGCCAAGGCUUGGCAUCGCGCUCUCAGUAGCGAUCAAUCAGGUAUUUAGGGCGUCCUUCAAAAUGGCACUGUUCUACGGACUAUGGACGUGGCUAGUACACAACCUGUUUGGAGCCAAGGUCGUUUAUUUACCAUCUGUUUUAGCAGCUGUAUUAGGAGCUGCACCGUUCCUCGGCCCAUACUUGGCCGGCAUUCCGGCUGCUCUGGACGUGUGGCUGCAAGGCAGACCAAUGGCCGCUCUUCUCUUGCCUAUAGCCCAAGCAGCGCCUAUUGCAUUCCUGGACGCCGCUGUUUAUGCUGAAAUUAAAGACGGUGGUCAUCCGUAUGUGACGGGCCUCGCUAUAGCUGGUGGCAUAUUCUACCUCGGGCCGGAAGGAGCUAUUCUAGGCCCACUUCUCCUCUGCUGUUUGAUGGUGGUUCUCAAUCUGUCGUCAACGUUCCUCAGAGACACCCCAGCCGAAGAACGAGCGGCUUUGCACUCCCGGACCAGGUCAUUAUUGGGAUUAUUUGAUUAUUAAGGCUCAGUUACCGCUGAUGGGCUUGCAUGGGCGACUAACGCUAAUCGUAUUGUCAUAAUGUGAGAUCUUAUAUACAAAAUUCUAACUUACAUCGUCAUUAUAUUCUACAAUGCUAAUAAGGAUUUACCGGAUUUGGUAUAAAUCAGAAAGGAAUUGUCAUUUCACUUUGUUUUAAUCUAUUUAUUUAUUUUAAAAUUUCAAAUACAUGAAUUUUGUUUUAAUAUGAAUCAUAAGAUCAUGUCUCAUAUAUAUUUAUCUUAUAUGUUAAUAAAUAAUUUAAUAUUAACAAAUAAAACGAUUAUUUCAUAUUAUAUGUAUAAUAAAAUGAGAUCAAGGAAUGUAAGGACCUAGUAUAUAUGAUGCAAAUUUUAUCACAAAUAAAUUAUGUACCGAUUUCCAACAAAUCAUUAAGUGCACAUUAUAAUUAAUCAAUAUCAUCUAUAUAAAAGAACAAUUCAAUUGCAUAACAUUGUCAAAUUAUAUAUCUUAAUAAGAAAGUUAUUGUUAUUCGAGACAGAAUUUGUAUUGGCGCAACACGAGAAUUUAUCAUACUAUCUGCUCCUUAUGAAAUUAAUUAUUGAAAUUAAAUCUAAAUUUAGCGACGAUUUACAUAAGACAGAUAUGAGUUUUUACUUUAUAGAAUUUAGGUCCAAAUAGAAUCUUUUUUUAUAAAAUUCUAAUAAUAAGUUACAAUCAUACUUAAUAUGAACGCCAUAUUUAAAACAUAUUAUAUUUACACAUAGAAAGUAAUGUAUAAAUAAACAAUCAAUAUC